AUGGGAAGAGUCAAACCUCAAACGAUUUCCGCCAAGUCCGCCGAAAUUAUUACAACUCGGUGGUUAGAGCCUUCUGAAUUGAAAGAUUUGGGUGUCGAUUAUACUAAGGGAAAAUAUUCGAAACAGGAAGACACACUUUUGAUCCAAGCUUUAGAAGAAUAUAAAAUUAAACAUGCUCUCAAUAAUCAAGAAAUUUAUCAAUUAAUUUAUGGAAAAAAUGGAAAAAAAGGAAAGCACAAAGAUUUUUGGAAGGAAAUCGGUUCUGUCUUACAAUCACGUCCAUUGAAAUCAUUGACCAGUCAUGUACAGAGAAUGCAACAUCCUUUUAGGAAUGCCGGAAAAUGGUCGCCAGAAGAUGAUGCACUUUUGAAAAGACUUUUCCAAGAACAUGGAUCUAAUUGGAAGAUCAUCGGCGAGCUAAUGGAACGAACAGGACUUGCAUGUCGUGAUCGAUACAGAGAUUUUGUUGAAAUCGAGUCCACGAUGACGAGAGGGAAAUGGAGUGAAACAGAAAUAAAAAAAUUAUGUGAUAUAGUUGAUGAAUUAAUUAAGAGUGGGCAAGCAACAGAGUCAAGCGUUCCAUGGAAUCAUGUAUCUGAAAAAAUGGGCUUUACAAGAUCUCAACAUCAAUGUCGUGAAAAAUGGCACAGAGAUCUAUUAAUGCGUUAUAAAAAAGAGGACCUCAAAGAAGCGCCAAAGUGGACCGAAAAAGACACAUGGACAUUAAUCAAAAAGAUGUGGGAAAUUGACGUGGAGGAUGAUGUUGAUAUUCCUUGGGAAGAUUUAGCAAAUGAUCCAAAUUGGGGACCAUGGGCACCGACAUAUUUGCGCAGAAUAUGGAAUGGAUGGCGAAGAUCGAAAGAAGAAUAUAUUAAUCUGCAUUUUGCAG